AUGGCUGCCUCCGUCGCGACGAGCCGCUUCGAGAGGCUCGACGCCGUCGCCUCCGGUGGCUUCGGCGUCGUCUACCGCGCGCGGGACCGCCGCUCCGGCGAGAUCGUCGCCGUCAAGUGCAUCCGCGCCGCCGGUGACGACGACGAAGGCGGCGUCGACCGCUGCUCCGACGCCCUUGCCCGCGAGGUGGCCGCCCUGGAGGCGUGCAGGGGCCUCCCCUACGUCGUUCAGCCGCGCGCGCGGGGCCACGGCGAGGCCGGCGUCGUCGUGAUGGAGUUCGUGGGGCCGACGCUGCGGCAGGCCAUGGCGAGGAGCGGGCGGCGGCGGCGGUCGGAGCUCGAGGUCCGCCUCCUCAUGCUGCAGCUCCUCUCCGGCGCCAAGGGGAUGCACGCCGCGGGCCUCAUCCACCGGGACCUGAAGCUGGACAACGUCCUCGUCGACGCGCGCGGCGACCUCAGGAUCUGCGACCUCGGCCUGUCGCAGAGCACCGCCGCGCCGCCGCCGUACGCCAACCGCGUCGGGACGCUCUGGUACCGCGCGCCGGAGCUCCUCCUCGGGUGCACCGACUACGACGAGCGCGUCGACUCGUGGUCGCUCGGCUGCAUCAUGGCGGCGCUCCUCGCCCGGAGGCACCCUUUCCGCGGGAGCUCGGAGCGGGAGCAGCUCGGCGAGAUCCUCGACGUCCUCGGCGCCGACGACAUCAAGCAGUGGCGGGGCUACCGCGGGCAGCGGCUGCCCGGAGGGUGCGCGCCGUGGAGCUUUCUUCGCAGCAUGUUCCCGCCGCCGCUGGAGGCCGCGAUCGCCGGCCGGCCGCCGCUGUCGGAGGCCGGCUUCGAGGUGUUGAGCGGCCUUCUGAGGUGCAACCCGGACAAGAGGUUGACGGCGGCGCAAGCGCUCCGGCACCGGUGGUUCAAGGAGACCGACAGUGCCAGCCUGAGACAUCGGUAG